AAAAAAAAACAAACAAAAAACCACGGCCUGGAAGCUACAGAGAUGUGCAUGUUUAAAGAACCUGGCCACCUUUGGGGGAAUCAGAUGAUCUGCAUUGCGAGGCAAAAGAUCUGAAGUCUGUAGAGUUGCCUAGAAAGAGAAAAACAAAACAAAACAAAAAAAAACAUGUAAAGAAUAAAUCUGUGUCACUUUUCUGCUCACAAAAUUGUUUGAUUGUUCCAUAUUUAAAGCACCAGAGCUGUGCUGAGCAAAGUUAACUGCUAGGGAUGUGUGUAACCCUCUUGGAAUGAUAUUGUUGGUUUCUUUCCAAGCUAAUAUUUUUGAUUUGUCAAAUAUAUAGCGACAGGUUAGGUGGCUGUGCUGUUACUCAGUGUUUGGUCUUGUGCUUUUUUCAUUUCUGGCUGUAGCGUAGCAGGGGGGGUCGAGGGGGCACCGGCAGCUCCGUGUCCCCAGUAAAACCCCACUUUUUCCCAUCCUCUCUAUGGUUAGCUUUGGUUCUGCAAGUACAAGUGAUUCCUGUGUCGUGCUUGGUGCUCCAUGGCCCUGUGAUGACAUUCAGUGCUAGUGCAUGAGAGUUUCAUUCCCUUCAUCCGCUCCAGACUUUUCUUUUCUAGCGUUCGGCACCACGUGCUGGUGGAAGAAGCUGCAGGGAGGAACCAGAGGCGAUUCUGAAAGCAGAGAGAGCUCCUGAGAUGCCUUAGACGUGCCUGAAAUACCUCCUGCCACAGGGCAGGGGCCAGCCCGGCUGCAGGGCGAGCCAGAACUCCCCAAAUCCAAGUUUGAGCGCUUCUUUCCGGGUCUUUCCUUUCCUCCUACACCUCUGUGCCUCUGCCCUCCUCGCUCGGUCCUGCUCUUUCCCUGGCUCCUGGUAGCACUUCCUUCCCUUGGGGCUGCUCUGGAAUGUUGCUGGGAUGGUGUUCAGUGCUGGGGUGCUGCUUCAGGGUGGGAUACAGCUCCAUGGUGGGAUGCUGCUCCAAAAUGGGAUGCUGUUCCUCCAGGAAAUUGCCGCUCCAAGGUGGGAUGCUGCUCCACCACGGGGUGCUACUCCAAAAUGGGAUGCUUUUCCUCCUUGGAAUGCUGCUCCAUGGUGGGAUGUGUUCCUCUGUGGAAUGCUUCUCCUCCAUGGAAUGCUUCUCCAUGGUGGGAUACAGCUCCAUGGUGAGAUGCUACUCCAAAAUGGGAUGCUGUUCCUCCACGAGAUGCUGUCCCACCAUGGAAUGCUGCUCCUCUAUGGAAUGCUGCUCCACGGUGUGAUGCUGUUCCUCCACGGAAUGCUGCUCCACGGUGGGAUACAGCUCCAUGGUGGGAUGCUUCUCCUCCAUGGAAUACUGCUCCACCAUGGAAUGCUGCUCCUUCAUGGCAGGAUACAGCUGCCAUGGUGGGAUGCUACUCCAAAAUGGGAUGCUGUUCCUCCACAGGAAGCUGUCCCACCACGGGAUGCUGUCCCACCAUGGGAUGCUGUCCUGUCCCACCACGGGAUGCUGUCCCACCAUGGGAUCCUGUCCUGUCCCACCACGGGAUGCUGUCCCACCACAGGAUGCUGCUUUCUCUUGGGAUGUUUCUGCCCCUUCCUGCCCCCCGUGCCUCUCCCAUUCCCGCUGCCCCCUCCCCACGUUGGGAAGGGCCAGGGGAGCUGUGGGGCUGCCCCUUCCCAGAGGUGCCUGAUUCCCUGUUUACACACGGCCUGGGCUCCCUGCCAGCCUGGGGAGUUAUUCCCAGCUCUGCUCCAUCUGCUCCUGGGGGACACACACCACCUUUUUGGGCUCCUCCUUGGGUCCCUACUUUUGUGGACGUGGCUUGUCUCUCCUUCCUGCUGCUAAACACCUCCUGGCUUUCCCCUGCUCAUCCAUCCUCCUGGGAAACUUUGGGAAUCAUCACUUUGGGAAUUAUAAUGUGGGGAUUUGUGUACAAAGUGAGCUGGGUGUCACAAAAGGGGUUUGGGGGUCUGUGGUGACCCCGCUGGACCAGUUCUGAAUCAGGAGUGAGCUUAAAAAUCCCUGUGGAUCCAGGAGGGCAAAAAUCUUUAGGUACCUUUUGGUAACUCUUUCUAGCCCGUGAAAAAAAGUGCUUUUUGGUUUUUCUACCUUUUCAUACUCUUUUUCUAGUUCUUCUACAGAGAAGGCCAGUUCUUCUCACACUGGACUCCAAACUUUUGGCACCUGGGAAUGUUUGUAAGCCACGAGUAGCCUAGAUGGUCCCAGCCCUCCCUAAUUCCCCCAAUUUUGAUGCUUUUACUACAGCUCCCCUAGCUUUGGGAUGAAGGGUGGAUGAAGUGGUUUGCUCUGCAGCUGGUUUCAUUCUUGGUGUUGCCAGGCAGAGAUGUAAAAACCCCAUCCUGAGAUUUGUCUUUUCUUUUUAAUCUGAUUUAUUGUCACAGAGAGUGAAGUGCAGCCGGUCUGACCCGGGGCUCCCACCCCACCCCUUCUCAAGCACUGUCAUAAAAGUGGUUUGUAAUAAUUUUUUUAAGGACUUGCCUAUUUUGCAACUCGAAUUCUUAAUAACUUAGAGGAUGAAAUAAACCUGCAUGAAUAUGGGGGAGCGGGGAGGGGGAGAUUUUGAAUUAACCCAAACUACUCCUUGAAGGUGUUUUAUGUUGCUGGGCUUGAUUUUCUGUUGGUUGUGGUGUUGCCAUUGGUGUUCUGCCAGGUAUUUCACCCCAGUAUUUCUGUUUACACAGAUCUGCCUUUGUUAGCCAAGCAGAGAUCACCUGCCAAGGUUGUUUCCCCUCCUCACAACAAAAAUCCCACCCAUCCCCUCCAUCCCCAUGCUGGAUUUCCAGCCUGGUUUCAAACAACAUUCCACUACCCCCAGGCUUUUAAAGAAAACAAAAUAUCUGGAGUACUGGAAAAAGGACUUUUAUUGUCUGCAAAGGUUGCUGGUGGUGUCUGUCUGUGGAUUGCCACCCUGCCAGCAGCAGGAUUUUGGGGAGGGGGUGGUUGCAGGCGGAAGCCAGUCGUGGUGUAGCGCAUCCCCAUCCCACAUGGUCUGUGUACUCGUUGGAAAUAAACUUUUGGAUUUGUUUCAA